CACGUCAGUGCGAUCCAGCUCGACGCGUACAAGAAGCGCCUGCUCCUGCAGCUCCUCCUCCACGGCAAGACCACGCCGCUGCCCAAGCACAUCGCACCCGCCGUGGCGCGCGCGCUGCGCACGCCCAGCAGCGGCGUCGCCGGCAGCCUCGAGGCGUACGAGCAGCUGGCGCGCGUGUACGCGCGCCGGCCCGCGCUGAACCUGCCGGCCGCGCUGCGCACCUCGGGCGGCACCGCGGCCGACAGGGUCGACCGCGCGCAGGAGGAGCUGGCACAGCUCGUCGUCGACCACCGCAAGGUGUUUGAGCAGGACGCCAACGCCUGCUUCGUCGACAAGCUCGUGCAGAUGUACCCGAUGCGCCGCAUCCAGCGCCUGCAGGACACGCUCAGCGCCGUCUCGCUGCGCGACGCCGCCGCGCUGCUGGGUCUCGGCGGCGAGAGCGCCGUGGCGGAGCUGCAGAGCAGCCUGCGCGAGAUGGUGCGCCUCCGCUGGCUCAACGCGUCCGUCGCGCCGUGUCCCGGCGCCGAGGACCAGCCGGGCAAGGCCAUCCUCACUUUCGAGGCGCCCGCCGAGCAGUACCGCACCGCCGACGCGAUGCGGCGCCUCGAGCAGCUCGCGCUCGAGCUGCAGCACAGCAACGAGCUCGUUGAGCGCAAGGAGCGCGCCACGGCCCGCAGCGGCCGCUUCCUGUCAAAGGCGCAGGCCGCCCGGCAGCCGGGCUAUGGCGGGUUUGGCAGCAUCGACUUGGACGACUUUGACGAGUAG